AUGGGCGACCGGCCGACUCCAGAUGUGCCAAGUCGCUUUCCUAGCCAGCCAAUAGACUUAUCGAUGGAGGAGCAUAUCGUUCCAGACCACGAGUAUCAUGACAAUGGUCAACGCACUAUACCAUCUGAGGCUAUGAGGGCCACGCCAAUCCCUUCUCGGCCUGAGCCUCAUCCAUAUUCGCCAGAAGCCACCUUGACGGGACGUCGAAACAACGACACUCCCUCGUCUGGUGAGACUGCCACAGCCACCAACUCUCUAAUCGAGGCGUCCUACCAAGCCGCAAGCGGACAUGGCUAUCCUCACAGCAUGUCAUCUGCGUCGUCGGUCACAGAUACAUCAGAUGGCUCCGCAGGAAGAAGAACCGACUCCAAGUUCGAACCACUCAGAGCCGCCUCCACAGCUGAAGACAAGCGGCUUCGACAGCAAAGGAGUAUCCAAUCAGAGGACGAUUUGUUCAAUGUUUUGUCCCGGAGAAGAACAAGCGCUUCAGGCAAAUCCGAAGCCCAGCUUCAGGAGGAGAAUGACGAAAUAGAGAGACUCAUGUCUCGAAUGUUCGGCGGGGCGCGACAGGCGCACAGCGAAGAAGAGAAAACCCGUCACAGUGGUGUCAUAUUUCGCGACUUGACCGUAAAAGGGGUCGGGUUGGGCGCCAGCCUUCAACCAACCGUCGGCGAUAUUUUCCUCGGCCUGCCGCGGAUGCUCAAAACCCUUGUCACCAAAGGUGCAAAGGCGGCAUUCGGCAAGCCUCCCGUGCGAGAACUUCUGAGCCAUCUCGAUGGAUGCGUUAGACCCGGGGAGAUGCUGCUGGUUCUUGGAAGACCAGGUUCGGGUUGUUCGACCUUUCUCAAAGCGUUUUGCAACCAGAGAGAGGGGUUCGAGGCAGUCCAAGGAGAAGUUACGUAUGGUGGCACGGACGCAAAGACUAUGAAAAGGGAUUUUCGAGGAGAAGUCAUCUACAAUCCGGAAGAUGACCUUCAUUAUCCCACAUUGACAGUCAAGCACACCCUUAUGUUUGCGUUAAAGACUCGAACUCCGGGCAAAGAGUCGCGAUUAGAAGGCGAAUCCCGGGCAGAUUACAAGAGAGAAUUUUUGAGGGUAGUAACGAAACUGUUCUGGAUCGAACACACUUUGGGCACGAAAGUUGGCGAUCAAUUUGUUCGAGGAGUCUCCGGGGGCGAAAAGAAACGAGUCAGCAUAGCAGAAGCAAUGAUCACGAGAGCUUCGGUUCAAGGCUGGGAUAACUCGAGUCGCGGCUUAGACGCAAGUACGGCACUCGAAUACGUCCAAUGUAUCCGCACCCUCACCAACAUGGCGCAUACUUCCACAGCGGUGUCCUUGUAUCAAGCUGGAGAGUCACUAUACCAACUUGUGGACAAGGUCCUGUUGAUUCAUGAAGGAAAGUGUCUAUACUUCGGAUCAGCUGAUGACGCUAAACAAUACUUCAUCGACCUUGGUUUCGAAUGUAAACCACGCUGGACGACAUCUGAUUUCUUGACCUCUGUCACCGAUGUGCACGCCAGGUCUGUCAGAAAAGGGUGGGAGGAUCGCAUUCCACGAAACGCAGACGAAUUCGCUGCUCUUUAUCGCAAGUCGGAAGCCUAUCGACGCAACCUUGAAGACAUCAGGGACUUUGAAGCUCAGUUAGAAGAACAACGGGAAUCCCGUGAGCAGAACAUGGUAAAGAACAAGAAAAAGAACUAUGCCAUCCCUUUUCACAAGCAAGUGCUCGCAUGCACACAGCGGCAGUUCUUGGUCAUGCUAGGCGACCGAGCUUCGUUGAUUGGGAAGUGGGGAGGCAUUGUAUUCCAGGGGCUGAUUGUCGGAAGUUUGUUCUUCCAAAUGCCGACAACUACUGCAGGAGCUUUUCCCAGGGGCGGUGCCAUCUUCUUCGUUCUUCUUUUCAAUGCUUUGCUUGCUUUGGCAGAAAUGACUGCUGCAUUCUCCUCCAAACCGAUCCUCUUGAAGCACAAAUCAUUCUCCUUCUACCGUCCUGCGGCAUACGCCCUUGCACAAACGGUGGUCGACAUCCCGUUAAUAGCGAUCCAGGUCCUGUUGUUUAACCUCAUCAUAUAUUGGAUGGCUGGGCUUGCCGCUUCUGCUUCUCAAUUCUUCAUCUCAUGUUUCAUUAUCUGGACCGUCACCAUGGUCACCUACGCUUACUUCCGCAUGCUCUCCGCCCUCUGCAAGACUCUGGAUGACGCUACUCGAUUUACCGGCGUUUCGAUUCAGAUAUUGGUGGUGUAUACUGGCUAUCUUAUUCCACCCGAUCAGAUGCGUGUUUGGUUUAGCUGGCUUCGCCGGAUCAACUGGAUACAGUAUGGAUUCGAGUGUCUGAUGGCCAACGAAUUUACUGGUCUCAUCAUGGACUGCGUGCCUCCCUUUCUGGUUCCUCAGGGUCCAAAUGCACGUCCUCAGUAUCAAUCAUGCACGUUGGCCGGCAGUGAGCCAGGGCAAACAACGGUGAAUGGAGCUCGUUACAUUCACCAGGCUUUCGGGUACACUCGUUCCCAUCUGUGGCGCAAUUUCGGCUUCUUAUGGGCUUUCUUCGCAUUCUUCCUCGCAGUAGCUGCUUUCGGGAUGGAAAGAAUGAAGCCUAACGCAGGUGGUGGCGCUAUUACCGUCUUCAAGCGUGGCCAAGUUCCCAAGAAAGUCGAACAGACUAUCGAAACAGGUGGCCGAGACAAGAACUCUAAACGCGACGUCGAGUCCGGGGGGUCGGUUCCAGCAGAUCUUGUGGAGAAGGUCAUAUCUCCAGGUAGUGAAAGCAACGAAUCCACGAACACGACGCAGGACAACAAUCUGCUGGAACAUGUGGCCAAGAAUGAGACAAUAUACACCUUCCGGGACAUCAAUUACACAAUUCCCUAUGAGAAAGGCCAGCGGAAGCUCCUCCAAAAUGUCCGAGGCUAUGUUCGCCCCGGUAAACUCACCGCCUUGAUGGGCGCCAGUGGUGCAGGGAAGACGACGCUGUUGAAUGCUCUCGCUCAACGCAUCAACUUUGGCACUGUGACAGGGGAGUUUCUUGUCGAUGGACGGCCGUUGCCCAAGUCUUUCCAGCGAGCUACGGGAUUUGCAGAGCAGAUGGAUAUUCACGAACCGACAUCCACGGUGAGAGAAGCUCUUCAAUUCUCGGCUCUACUCCGUCAACCGAAAGAGGUGCCCGUCGAGGAAAAGUAUGCGUAUUGCGAGACAAUCAUCGAUCUGCUCGAGAUGCGAGACAUUGCGGGAGCAACGAUCGGAACAAUUGGCGAGGGUCUGAAUCAAGAACAGAGGAAAAGAUUGACUAUCGGUGUUGAGCUAGCCAGUAAACCCGAGCUUCUUAUGUUCUUGGAUGAACCCACCUCAGGCCUUGAUUCUGGCGCGGCAUUCAACAUCGUGAGAUUUUUGAGGAAAUUGGCAGAUGCUGGUCAAGCUAUCCUCUGCACAAUUCAUCAGCCGUCGGCGGUAUUAUUCGAACAUUUUGAUGAGCUCAUCUUACUCAAGUCCGGUGGUCGGGUGGUAUACCAUGGCCCUCUCGGUCACGACUCGCAAGAACUCAUUCACUAUUUCGAGGAGAAUGGAGCGCGAAAGUGUCCUCCAGAUGCAAAUCCUGCGGAGUACAUGCUUGAAGUCAUUGGCGCAGGCGACCCCAACUAUAAAGGUAAAGAUUGGGGCGACGUUUGGGAGCAAAGCACCAACUACCAAGCACGAUCUGACGAGAUAUCCGAGAUGAUCGAACGCAGGAAGAACGUGGAGCAUAGCAAAAACGUCAGAGACGAUAGGGAAUACGCCAUGCCGCUUGCAACGCAGACUACAGCGGUCGUCAAGAGGUCGUUCGUUGCAUACUGGCGGACUCCCAACUAUAUUCUCGGCAAAUUCAUCCUGCAUAUCAUGACCGGCUUGUUCACCACGUUCACUUUUUACCACCUUGGCUUUGCCUCGAUCGACAUGCAAUCACGUCUCUUUGCUGUUUUUCUGGUGCUUACAAUCUCUCCGCCCCUCAUUCAACAACUGCAACCUGUUUUCAUUCAUUCUCGGAACAUAUUUCAGUCUCGAGAGAACAACGCAAAGAUUUACAGCUGGUUUGCCUGGACGACGGGUGCUGUUCUCGCUGAAAUCCCCUACUCCUUGAUCGCCGGAGCCGUCUUUUACUGUUGUUGGUGGUUUGGAAUCGCCGGCUAUCGUUCUUCAACCUCGUCGUUCACCUCAGGGUUCCUGUUGCUGUGUAUCCUCCUCUUCGAGUUGUACUAUAUCAGCUUCGGACAGGCAAUCGCGUCAUUCGCGCCCAACGAAUUGCUCGCGAGUCUACUGGUGCCAGUCUUCUUCCUAUUCGUCGUCAGCUUCUGUGGUGUAGUCGUACCACCGCAGCAGCUACCUUCAUUCUGGCGGAGUUGGAUGUAUUGGCUGACGCCGUUCCACUACCUUCUCGAGGCUAUGCUAGGGUCAAUCAUUCAUAAUCAACCUGUUCGUUGCAACCGAGGCGAGUUUGCUCGAUUCAGUGCCCCACCAGGCUAUACCUGCCAAUCCUAUACUCAACAAUAUAUUACACAAGCUGGCGGCUACGUCCAGGUCGGCGCCGAUGGCCUCUGUGAGUUCUGCCAGUAUGCGACCGGGGACCAGUUUGGACACGGGUUUUCUGUCUACUACUCUCACCAUUGGCGCGACUUUGGUAUUUUCAUCGGGUUCAUUGUGUUCAACUAUGCCGUCGUUUAUACAGUAACAUUCCUAAGGUUUAAGACGAAAAAUCCAUUCAAGACGGUGCUGAUGAAAAGGAAACAAAAGGGGGUUUAG